UGUUCUAUCUGUCAAAAGUGUCAAACAAGGAGCAAGUGUAAAAUGAAAAUGUUAAACCAUUUUAUUUUAAAUAGUCAAUGAAGUAUAGUCGUUUGUAUGUACAUAGUUUAAAAGUAAAAAUAAUUAUAUGACAUGAAAAAUGUUACGAGUGCUAAGGCGUUUUAGACAUAAAAAUAUACCUGUUAAGUCUGCCUCGUCCCAUAAUGCAAUUAGAGAUAAACGUAAUAUUUUUACUAAAAUAUCAGAUGUGGGCAAAAUUUCUACAAUUGUAGAAAAGUGUCAGCCUUUUAGUCAAAAACCUGAUACUAUUUUUAAAGAAGUCGAUCCAACAACAUUUGAAAAAGUUUGUGAAGAAACUUUAGAGUCCUUGUCAGAUUUUUUUGAAGAACUUCUAGAAAGCAAUGAAAAAUUAAGAAAAGGAGACGUGUCAUUCAGUAGUGGUGUGUUAACUGUAAAUUUAGGCAAACAUGGUACAUAUGUUAUGAACAGGCAGACACCAAAUAAGCAGAUCUGGUUAAGUUCGCCAAAAUCUGGACCAAAACGAUACGAUUUUGUACCAGACGGAGGUUAUUGGAUAUAUAAACAUGAUUUUAAAACGUUACAUGAACUUUUAGAAAAUGAAUUAACUAGUAUUUUAGGUUUAGAACUUGAUAUGUCAAAAUGUUCUUACUAUAAAAAGUCAGGUCAUUAAAAUCCGUAUUCUAUUAUUUUAA